AUGACGCCAUUCUUUCUUUCCUCAUCAGCCAACAAGGAGUACCCUCCCUUGUUGUGUUCCGUGAACGGCAAGGUUGAGUUGCAGUACCUGAAGCUCCUGUGCACACACUUCAUCUUCCUCUCAGCCACCGUGGACACAAUCAAGCUAGUGGCGCAGCCGAUCGCAGGCAGCGAGGAGGCCUUCGCAGAGUUCAAGAAGAUGAAGAGAGAGUUUGGAAACAUCACUAAGCUCGUGUCCUUCCCGGUGCACGAGAUCGGCGCGAUAGACAUGGCGGACAUCGACAAGGCGUUCGCGUCGAUCCGAGGCGGUUUGCUGGACGGCAUCGACAUCCGCUACAUACAGGGCACGGAAAGGUCGAUCCACAAACUGAAGGAGCUGCGAAGUCUGGCCGACCAGAAAAAGUACCUUAUCCACGGGGUUUUCGAGAAGGUUAACAUAAACGUGAUGAGGCACUUCCACCUGGCGUCCCUUCGCGCGUACGCUGCACUGUCGCAGGGUCCUUACAAGGCUGCACCCGUUCAGCCCUCGAUGAAUGUUCAGACCACCGUCACCGCCUACGCAGCGGCAGUGAUUGAUGCCAAACUCGAGAGUUACGGCAACCACUGCAUAGCGUUCACUCUGGCCCCGGUGGGGUUUCUGGGUGCUCGCCAACUCGACGAUCACGCGUAUGGUGUGAAGAAGUACGAGUACUGCACGGAUUACAACCAAGCGGAUGCUAAGAGGGACGCUGUGGACCUGUCGUAUCAUGUUCGCACCAACACAGCGUUGGUUGUGUUCGAUAAAGCAGAAGAUUUUGCAAACAAGGUCGAGAAGAUAGGCGCUCUUCCCAAUGCUUGUGUUCUGCUGGACGACGUCAACUACGACAACCACAAUUGCAGCUGCGACAACAAGAACUUCAAGCUACUACGCGCCGCACGCCGUGUCCUGUGGCAGACCCUCAGGGAUAAACCAGCCGCGCUGGAGUCAGCCUCCCUGUAUAGGCGAGAGCCAUCAUUUGGGACUACCUCGAUGAUUCCCACGAUGCCUCCAAACUUAGACUGAUAGCCUACUGAUUAUCCCUCCGCAAAUGACUCCCUCGCGUAUUCCUGUAAAGGUGCUUAAUCAUUGCAUGCUUGCAUCAGAAGUCCCCAAUGGGAAUGAUCCAGCAAUGCCUUACGACUUACUUGAGUGAUGGGCUACUUAUUAUGCCUGUAUAACCUGUAUAU